CGACCAGACGCUUCCCACGGCUUCCGUCACGAGCAUCGAGCCAAUCGCUGGCUUGCAUUAGGGACUGAGGUGCAUGAUGGGAGUCUUCUCCAUGGAGCUGCGGAAGGCAUCAACAAACUGCGAGUGCUUAUAGUGUCUGCUUCGUAGGAACAUACGUACGCGGAGCCACAAGCUCAAUAAUUGUUUCUAUCAUGAUGCAAAAUGUCCAUCUCGUGCCCGAGGAAGAAGAAGAUGAUCUCUAUUCAGGAUACAAUGAAUACAACCCUGCAUAUGAUACAGAGGAUUUAGAGAAUGAUGUGGCUUUUCAGCAGGCUGUACGCACAAGCCAUGGAAGAAGGCCUCCAAUUACAGCAAAAAUCCCAGGAACAGCUGCAGGCCGCCCACUUGGAACUGCAUUCGGUGCUAGGGUGAAUCUUUCAUCAUCAAAGGGAAGACUUAUGACCGGAGCGGUACAGGAUGGAGUGGCUCGGCCUAUGACAGCAGUACGUGCAGCAGGCUUCACUAAGUCGGCACUCAGAGGAGCUGCUUUUGAUCCACUUGGCCAGUCUCGGGGUCCUGCGCCUCCACUGGAGUCCAAAAAUGAAGACACUCCAGAAGAAAAGUUGAAGCAAAUGGAAAAAAAUGUAAAUGAACUGAUCGAAGAAAGUUGCAUAGCUAACAGCCGUGAGGAUUUCAAGCAAGCUCUGGAAAAGGCAAAGGAGGCAGGAAGAAAGGAGAGAGUCUUGGUAAGGCUGCGAGAGCAAGUCCAAACUCCAGAAAAUAUUAACCUCGAUCUGACUUACUCGGUACUUCUCAACUUAGCAAAUCAAUACUCUGCCAAUGAGAUGUAUACAGAAGCACUUAAUACCUAUCAAGUAAUUGUGAAAAAUAAAAUGUUUAAUCAUGGAGGUCGUCUAAAAGUAAACAUGGCAAAUAUCUAUCUGAAGCAAAAGAACUAUUCAAAGGCAAUUAAGUUUUAUCGUAUGGCACUUGAUCAAAUCCCUGGUGUCCACCAAGAAAUGAGAAUCAAGAUAAUGCAGAACAUUGGGGUAGCAUUUAUCAAAACUGGUGAUUAUGCGGAUGCUAUAACCUCAUUUGAACACAUCAUGAACGAAUCCCCAAGUCUUAAAGCUGCCUUCAAUUUGAUUCUGUGCUACUUUGCAAUAGGAGAUAGGGACAAGAUGAAAAAAGCUUUUCAAAAGCUGAUAGACGUGCCUUUGGGAAUUGAUGAUGAAGAGAAGUAUAUUCCACCCAAUGACGAUCCCCAUACAAAUUUACUGAUAGAAGCAAUAAAGAAUGACAGCUUGCGUCAGAUGGAACAGGAAAGGAAAGCCUUGGCAGAGAAAUACAUCAUGACAGCUGCUAAAUUGAUAGCGCCUGCAAUUGAAACCUCAUUUGCUGAUGGUUAUGACUGGUGCGUUGAGGUGGUGAAGACAUCACAAUAUGUGGAACUAGCCAAUGAUCUGGAAAUAAACAAAGCAAUUACCUUUCUAAGACAGAAGGACUUUACACAGGCAGUAGAAACAUUAAAAAUGUUUGAGAAAAAGGACAGCAGAGUGAAAAGUGCAGCAGCCACCAACCUUUCUUUCCUUUAUUUUCUGGAAAAUGACUAUGCGCAGGCAGAUGUUUAUGCUGAUUUAGCUGUGUCUGCUGAUAGGUACAACCCAGCAGCACUAACAAAUAAAGGCAAUAUAGAUUUUAUUAAUGGAGACAAUGAAAAAGCUGCUGAAUAUUAUAAGGAAGCUUUGAGGAACGAUUCUUCUUGCACAGAAGCGCUGUAUAACCUUGGUUUGACCUAUAAGAGAUUAAAUCGCCUGGAGGAGGCUUUGGAUUGUUUCCAUAAGCUUCAUGCAAUUCUGAGGAACAACUCUCAAGUUCUAAGUCAGAUAGCAGCUUUAUAUGAGAUGUUAGAGGAUCCCAAUCAGGCAAUAGAGUGGCUCAUGCAGCUUAUCAGUCUCGUCCCCACUGAUUCUCACACACUAGCUAAACUGGGGGAGCUGUAUGAUAACGAGGGAGAUAAAUCACAAGCCUUCCAGUAUUACUAUGAGUCUUAUCGCUAUUUCCCGUCUAACAUUGAGGUUAUUGAGUGGCUGGGGGCUUACUAUAUCGAUACACAGUUUUGUGAAAAAGCUAUUCAGUACUUUGAAAGAGCUUCGCUUAUCCAACCUACUCAGGUGAAAUGGCAGUUGAUGGUGGCAAGUUGUUACAGAAGAAGUGGUAACUAUCAGAAAGCUCUCGAUACCUAUAAAGAGAUUCACAAGAAAUUUCCAGACAACGUUGAAUGUUUGAGGUUCCUGGUCCGACUUUGCACAGACAUUGGUUUAAAAGAGGUGCAGGAAUAUGCCACCAAACUGAAAAAGGCAGAGAAAUUAAAAGAAAUAAGAGAACAGCGUGAAAAAUCUGGCAGCUCCCGGAGUCGAAGGGAUGGAAGAGAAGGGAGUGCUAGCAGUGACAGCGGCCAGAGCAGUGGGACCAGUGCUAAAGGAGAACGUCUCAGUGCCAAACUAAGAACUCUACCUGGAUCAAACGACCCAUAUGAAGUCAGCAGCUCUAAAGAGAUAGAUGCAUCGUACGUGGAUCCUCUAGGUCCACAAAUGGAAAGGCCUAAAACAUCAGCAAAGAGGAGGGCGGAAGAAGAAGAAUUUGCAGAUGAAGAGUUAGGAGAAGACCUGCUCCCAGAAUGAUCAUUCACAGAUUAGUCAUUUAUUCUAUUCAAUCUACUUCUGGGUUUAUUUUAUUUUUUUUUACUUUUAUGUUUGUCACAAUAGAAUUGAAGAUAUUGUAUAUAAGGCACAGUUUUAAAUAAACGUUAAAAUCUU